AUGGCACUUCUGUUGGUGGUUACGGCGGUGGUCGUGGCCACCGUUCUGAUGGGAUCCGUGGAGUGUCAAGGUUUCGGUGAAUCGGCAACGCCAACGAAACCAACGGUUGCUCCCGGCAGCAACGGUACACGCCGGUCGAACGAGCUGCUCGAGUUCGAGGAUGCACUGAUUGACUACGUCAGCGAUUGGUUCAAUCGCCAAUCGAAGGAUUUAAUGGAGAAUGCGCUCAUCGCUCGACGUACGAACAAACAAACCGUUGCCGGUGGCAGUGCGAGCGACCGAGUGACGCUGACCGAAUUCGAUCGAACGGUCAUCAGGCGGGUCGCUCGGUUUCUCGGAACGGCCACCGAUGCCCUGCGGAGCCGCUCGCUAACGGAGUCCCCCGAAACGGGCCGGUUGUUCUUCUUUAAAGGAAUGAAAAAGCUGCUCUGGCCGGUCAUGAUCGGACUGCAGAUUGUAAAAACGGUUCUCAUCAUGAUGUUCCUGCCGAGCAUUAUUGGUUCGUUUGGCAAGAUUCUCGGUAAAGGGUUAACCUCGGUAUCCGGACUGUCGCAUCCGGUGCAGACGGUGGACGAUCUGGAUUUCAAGGAUGCGACCUCGUACAACGCCGACCAUGACUUUGGCAUGAACGAUGGCUAUCUGCCACCGGAGGACAACCAUCACUCGGCGACCAACUAUAACGGCAUCGUGUACGAUCCUGCGGCAAUGGGAGGCCACCACAGCAAUGCUGCCAACGCCCUGUCACGGCUCGGUUACGGUGGUGGUCGCGUGACGUACGUCGGUUCGCAACCGACGAUCGAUCGGCGAAGGCAGCAACAACAGCAACAGUCGGCGAAGAAUGAUUUCAAAAUUUUCCACGACAUCCCGAGCAGCAGCCUGCUGCUAACGAACUACGAUCCCUUCUACAGUCCGCUACUGUCCCGGCUCGAUGCCAUCUUCGCCCAGAUGGGUCUGUCUAGCAAGGAGGAACACUGCCGCCAGAAGCUCGUCUGCCUGAUGUACGCGAACCCGGCCAAGUACGCACCGUACAGUAACCUCAUCUCGGCGCAGCUAAGCAGGGAGUUGGAUGAGCUGCGCAAACCGACCAACGACAAUCCGGACAUACUGCGGUUCUUCAAGUAUAUGCGAGCGGCCAAGGAUGGCCAGGAUGGGGUGCAGUGUGAGGCCCACUACAAGGACUGCACCGGCUACAAGGACCUCUCGAACCCGGCCAUGGUGACGACGUUCAACGACAUCAACAAGCUCGUUCACGCUCGGAAACUCUAG